AUGGUGAAAAUAGUGCAACAUGCACGAGAUGAAGAGGAAGGGUAUAUAGAGAUGGAAGACCAAAGCGGUCAGGAAAACAAAGAAGAAGGCCUCCACGACAAGAUAGGUAAUAAGCAAUUAGAAAGAAAUUAGAGAGAAAAAUUGUGAAAAAAGAAGAAGAACGCAGAUUCCUAAGGGUCGUGAAGGGCAGAAAAAUGCGCAUUUGACAUUUAACCCCCUCCUCCGUAUACUUCGUAUAGCAUAUUUUCCGAAUUAAAAAAAGGCAAUAAUUAUAAUUCGAAUGUAAGUUGCUGAAAAUCAAAUAAAUUAGAAAUCAUUUUGCCUGAAAGGGUUGUUUUGCUAUCAAUUGUAUCGAAAAAUAUAGCUGCAAAUUUCCUUUUCAAAUAACUGCGUAAGCAAUUCACAAAAGGCUUUGAAUUUUACACAGCAAUUUUAUUUAUCAUUUCUUAAGGUCGUUUCACAUUACGGAUUGGCAAUCUAGUUAUCGGACCCUGCAUCACUUGUUUUAAUGCACCUUUCCGCUGUUUUGAACAGGUUAUUAUUUUCGGGUGGAGUCUCCCCCGUAUAAGCCAUUAUUAUAGUCCCGCGAUUAGUUUCCCCUGGAUCUCCGAGGAACAUAAAAUUUAAAUUUAGAGACAAAACGUACAGGUGACAAAAAUUUGGUCUUAUCAACCCAGUUAACAAAGACGAUUUGUUUUUCCCAUGCAAAUGCACUACUAGAACUGAUGUUGAGCUAAAAGUAAAAGGUAAAAACUAACUACAUUUCGAACUCUCCAAGGAUAUUUUCGUGUACGUGAGCGUAGAAACACAAAAUUAUCAUAAAUAUAUUACAAAAUUGUAAAUGGCCUUAUUUUAAAAUAUAAUUUAGUAUAGUAUUAUUCUAACUUAUAUUACUAUUGUAUUUUAUCGUGUAUCUUUAAAUACUUUUUCACUGUAACUUAGGAUAUGUAUUUUUAUCCUUUGGUUGAAUAAAGACUAUUAUAUUAUUUAUUAUUUAUUUAAAAGCAGAUAAAAAUGGCAUGAAAGCUAACUUGCAAUAAAGUAUGCCAAUGAUAAGUAAUAAACAUUUUUAAAAAAGUGCAGAACAAAUUUGGCUGCCCUGCCUAUUUCGAAAUGCUUUUAAACAAAGAACUGAAACAAACAGUGACCAAACAGUGCGGUUCCAUUCGCGCAAAAUUUUUCAUUUAGAUCGCUUUUCAAUUAGUCUUAUUAUUGCUUCAUUGUUUUGUGUCUUUUUCAAACUUCAAAAAUAUUUUAUCACUUACUAUUAAUAUAAUCUAUCGCAUUUUAGCGUCCAUGACAUUCCUGUCUGUUUUUAAGUAUUCUCAAUUGUUUGUAAUACUAUGCUAAAUCACAUCUGAAAACACAGUGAUGUGGUGACUAACGCUGUGAACUUAGUACGCAUUUUUACAUCAAAUUGGAGUUUCUUAGAGGUAAGCACUAACCGUAACAAGACGCUUUUAAAGCGUCAACUUGAGCUUCCUUAGAGAUAAGAUAAAAAUGAGGAGGCAAUUAAUUGAUUUGGAUUAAUAAGGGGCUGAGUGCGGGCAUGGAGGGCAGGUGGGAAAGAAGAAAAAAAAACUGCUAGCAAGGUAGGUUAUACAGAACCAUAAACUACCCCUUCACUGGUGGAUUGAAAACAAAAUGCGAAUAUCCUAAGCACUUUCGUGUUGAUCUUUUAAAGAUUUGCCGCCAACUUGAAGGGACUGUUUGCAUAUGAUUAUAGAACCGCGCUUGACCUUUAGUCAAGCAUAUCAUUCUGGCGUAAUAACGUAGAAGCUCAGGACUCGAGACCUUUAUUAUAACUAUGAAUAUUUGUCUGUGACGGUGCAAGAAAAUCUGUCAUUCCACAUACAGAGGUGCUCGGUGACUCGACCAUUAUUUUUAAAGUGAUGUGUGUGGAGUCUUUCAAAGGUAGAUUUUAAAUGAUGGUCACCAUCGAUUGUAUUGUGAAGUUCACUUCUAUUUUUGAAAGAUUGCAUCCAAAGAAAUUGAGUUCAGUCAAGUGACUAGCAAGUGAAAUAAUUGAGUAACAGAUGAAAUGAAUAGCUGUUGCAAUACAGUUGCUUUUGAAAUUGUUGAUCUGAUGAUGCAUCAUUCAAAUAUUUUACGUUGGUGCUUGUUGUUAUGUCUUAUUUUGUAAUUUUAAAACCUUUAAUUAAUUCAUAGAUUUAACAGUUAUUUCAAAGCUUUAUAGAAGUAUUGCAAUAAGUCGUCGUGAGAUUAUACAGUGGAACCUCGAUAUAACGAUCGAACCUCUAUAUAACGAAGUCCUCGGUAUAACGAACGAUUUUCUUUACCCCAGUAGUAAUAAAACAUAUGAAAAAGGAACCUCGAUAUAACGAAACCUCUUUGUAGUGAACAAAUUUUGCCAGUCCAUUGGCCGUUCGUCAUUUGUUACAUCGAAGUUCCACUGUAUAACUACUGAGGGUGACUCUUACCAUAAAUCUAUCUUUGGCCGUCAAAACAAAUGAUCUGUAUUGCCCCUUUUUUGUUUGUAUAAUUUUGAUUCGAUUUAAUUUAUUUUUUUCUCACUAGAAUUUGAAAAAUCGUUGAGAAAAACUUUGAGGGAGGGUGAUGUUGAGGAUAUCACUGACGAGCUCACACCGCGGGCUCUAACAAAAUGCGACACCAACUCGUUACUUAUGGCAAUGGAGGUGGGAAAUAUUCAUGAAUACAAUAUUACGCUAUCGUCUUCUAAAAGGAUGCUUAAAGGCAACUGUGACUCUACUCUCAGUUUUUUAGCAUGUAGCACUUGUUAUUGGAGUAGCGUAUUCGUUCACCGCUCUUAACACUCCCUAAUGAAACAAGAGCAAGAGCGAUCCGCCUGGGGGAUCUUCCUCCUUCUUGUCAUCUCCUUUAUAGCACUACCGUGCUAGUCUUCCUGGACUCUCAAUCUCUAAUACAAAAAAAUGAGAGACGACGAGUGGUGACAAAUUUUGAUGAGCUUGGGCAGAAAACUAGUAUUGCCAACGAGGAAGGAUCAGGCAUCAGCAACAAUAUGGGGAAGAUGUGUUUUAAUGUCCGACAUCAAUCCAUAGAGCAUUACAAAACAUAAGAAUAAGAAAUGGAACAAGCGAUCGCCAUUUGAUGCUGAUUAGAUAUAAUUUGUUUUCUUAAUUUUAAGCACGAUAAGAUAAUUCUCUGAGUUAGAUGCUAUCCCAUUUGCAUUGUUAUCAAUCGAGUGCUAUAUGUCCCCAGUACCCAAAUAUACACUUGGUGGACGAAGGCAGUGUUUCCAGCAUAAUUACUAACUUGGCAGUAUGUGAACGUUCUGAGCCUGGCCAAAAAAUAUUACUUAGUAUUUAAGUGGGUAAAAUUUAAAUUUCCUGACUGUUCUACUUUUCAGGUGAGAAAGUAAUUUCCCUCUCAUCAUAAUAACCCGAAAGAUGGUAUAUUCCCUAUCACCCUCCUUGUUCUGAAAUCUGUUUUGUUAUCACAGGUGAGUUUCAAAUUCCGUCGUUUAGCGGAGAAAAAAGGACCUGAUGAGGACGAUUUUACCAAGUUAGCGAACUCAGUGGACGAGUUUACCAGUUGUUUACUUGACCCUUUGAAGACCAACACAGAGGCGCGUCACGCUUUUGGGGAUUCUUUGGAUUAUCUUGUUGAUGCUGGCAUAAACCUAGAACAAAAGAAGGUGAUUUAGUCUCUGUUUAGUGCCUUGUAGCGUUACGCAGACGAUACAGUACGACUUACAGAAUAGAUGACAAUAGUAAUGUAAAAAUAAUUAUCUAAUAGCCAAAUGGAUGAAUGAUUAUAAUAAAAAAAAAUGAAAACUGUGUAUAAUGUAGCAGAUAAAAAUCGCACUUAUCUAACUUUGGAAGUAUCACACUUGUAAAAACUCCUUUAGCUUCAUGGACAGCGUUGGAUUAACCUGCUUACAAAACCUAGUUGACCAGAUAACACUAUUUAUGAUUUAUCUAUUGUUUUCCUUAAGUUGCUUUUAUAAACGGUCAGGUAACAAUGUCAAUAAUAUAUUCACACCGACCCAGUUUAAAGAUUGUUUAGUCUGGUGUAACUAACUAUUGCUAAGUCUGGACAGGCACAAUGCUUGCAUUAAUACUAGAACACUGAAUACAUGCAUAUCACAUUAAUUGUCGUUAAAAACGGUUCAUAUCAAUUUGUUGUUGUUUUUUGUUUGACUGUUGGUAGUUCUUCGCACAUCCAGUAAUAUACGACUUGAUGAAGAAAAAAUGGUGGGGUGCAUUUGCUGAGAUGAAGAGAUCACCCUGGGGGGAACGUUGGGCAUGGCUUUUGCUCCAUUUUUGGGGCUUGUUUGAUAUCGUGUUGUUUCCAGUCUUAAUCGCUGUUUUCUAUAUCAAGCACCUCAUUAGCAUAGCUACACGGCGAAGCAAAGGUUUGUGGGAUUACAUAGCAAUUCAUAAUAAACAAAGUAACUGGUCGAAAGCCUUUAAAGCAGCAUAGGUUCUUAGAUAAGCUCAGGAAGGGCAAGGCAACACGUUCAAUUGCAUGGCUUUGAAUACAACGAAAAGCAGCGAAGGGGUAAGUUACAACGUAAACAAACAACAUUUCUUUAUCCCUACACACUUUGAUCUCAGUACAUUUGUUUCGUUUUGUUGUUUGUUUGUUUUUUCUCUUUCUUAAGAAAUAGACAUCGCCUUUGUCAUGAAUGCAACCUCUGACUCCGCGAACGAAGCAUUUCAGCUGAUGAAAAAGAUCGCAAAGUAUGUAAUGGAAGAGAAAAACAACCAUCAGAUGAAAUACCAGGUGGUAGUGCAUGCUGAAGACUCGUCAUCAACGGGUAUUUGCUUCGAUGAUGACUCAGUUCCAGGCGUUAAGAUUCUUUCAGAUAGAGUGGAUCGAUUAAUGAGGAAUGUGGAAGUCAACAUUCCUGCUCUUCAUGAAGAUCUGGAGAAAGUAUGUGAAGCUUUCGAACAAGGUAAUCAGAGGCCAAACUCUGAAAAGGUAGGUACUAGCUCUUUGUCAAAGCGUUUGAUAUAUAUUACUUUUCCUACUAAUUAUAGAGUAUAAUAUCCAGUACAAGGUGAAUAAAAGCAACUGCCUGGAUAUUCAGCUCAUCAGCAAAACGAUUACUCGGAUAGGAAGAAUUAUUAAUUUUCAUAUUCACUUCAACCUAGUUCAGAGCACGCGUUUGCAGUGAAUAGGCAAAUCUUUUUGAAGUCAAAGAUUUCGUUUGGUUCAUGAGUCCACAGUUUACUGAGAGAAAACAUCGUGACGAUAUUUAUUCCUCAAUCUGUUGCACAAUCUUUGUUGCGUUUUGCAUGGAACGUUGAAGGAAAUAGUAGGGAUUACUUUUCAAAUAUUGUAAUUGACCUUGCAAUAUUCAGGGUUGAUUUUUCAUUGCUUGAUUAUAGAAUGAAGAGCAUAUGCUUAUGACACAAGUUUGUAAAGAAAGACUUGAGUAAUAUUCUAACACUACAUAUUUCCCUGGAACCUAUGCCUUUAAGUAAUCUUGAUUGUUUCUCUCCUGGGCAACAGUGAGGCAGCGAAGGGUUUUUUGUGAAUUUUUCUUGAUAUGUCCACACUAUAACAAAUAGCUGUACAUGCCGACAUGAAAAACUAUCCGGUAUAGUUAGGUAUGCCAAGACCUUUAUUUAGCGGUUCACACUCUGCCAAAGAUGACCGAGAUGUGACGUUCUACUUUCAAAAUCGGCGUGGCGCAGUUUCGCUCCGUUGCAAAUUCCAAUAUGUGUACUAGCUGAAGCCCUGUGGAUUUCGUGCCGUAGCAAGAGCUAUCCGUUUGUUUGAUUCAUUUCUUACAGGUUCUGGUGCUACUUACCGACCACAAAAUUUGCUCAAGGCAAGACAGGAAGCGCGUUAAGGAAGAAAUAAAGAAAGUAAAGGAAAUGGGAAUAAAAAUUGUGCCAGUGGGAAUCGGCCAACACAUUAACAUCCGCGAAUUAGAAAGGAUCGACAGGGAAGGAAGCAAGGUCAUGCACUUUGGAGAAUAUGCAAAUCCAAGGGAAGCAGGAAAGAAAAUUUGGCAUGGUAUGUUUCGCAUGCUUCAAAAAAGUUCUUAGUAUUCUGUAGUAGUGAAACCACAAACCUUAACAAAUCUUUAAAAGCGUAUAAUAUAAUUUUCCAUUCAGUGUGUACUCUUGUACUGACUCCUGAGUUCUCUGAAAAAAACCUAGAGCAAAUAAAGGUCAGCAUUACAUGUUUCCUUUGUUCCAACGCUUAAAAUGAGUUUAAGUCAAAUCUUUUUUCAACCACAGCAGAUUUAGCUCAGUCGGUAGAGUGCUCGACUGCAGAGCGGAAGGUCGCGGGUCCGAUUCCCUGGGCCGAAUUAAUUCUCAGGGUCUUAAAAUAACUGAGAAAUGAAGUUAAUCCCUUUGCACUGCAAGCGGCAAGGCCUUCGCGUGGCUCGGAUGACCACCUAAAAUGGCGUUCCCGUCUCCAGUAGGAGACGUAAAAAUAGUGUCACCAAUUAGUGCUUUCGUGUUAAAUACCUUGACACUCAAAUAAAGUGCUUUUUUUUCUUCUGAAGACGUAUUUAACGGUUUAAAAUUCUUGUGUUUUUCGCUCUCUCCUGAUCAAUUUACAAGUUUUACAUUCACCGUGUCUACUGUAUAGAAGAGACUGUGAAAAAACUAAAGACAGGUCUACUUCGUUGAAAUGAGUUUGCACUGAAUUUUUUGUUACUGUUUUGACAGAGCUACAAGGAAAAGAUUUGUUUGGUAAGUUCUUUAAUCCUGGAAUUUGUCCUUGUGGUCCUCUGUUGUUAUAAGUUUGACAUCUAAAAACUGGUGUGAUGUUUAAGGCCUUACAACUUUCCUAAACUGUUUAGGUGGGGCGCCUCACGCGUUCUUAAACACUUUGCCUUUUUGGACUACCAGUUUCCCUAACAUUAUGGUCUUUCACGGAUAGAUCACAGCCCCGACUUAUACGGCCAUCGUGAUAAUGUAACAAAGUCUUAUUGACAUCUCAGAACAUCUCGCAACAAUGUUGAGAGGAAUGCGUUCUGCGGGGCAAAUCAUCGAUUCAGCAAAUAAUGUUGAUAAAAUGGUGUAACCGAGGUUCACAUUUGCUUUGGUUUCAGGAAAUUCAAAUAAAAGAGGGGUUGGUGUAGGUUUCCUUGAUGGAUACGGAGAGGAAUUCAAGAAAAAAAUAAACCGGUUUCCCCAAAUAUAUUAAUGACAUUCUAAAAAAAUAUAUUGCGAAAAUUCUGUACAUUUUCAGUUCUAAGAAGGUGAUAUAUUUCACCCAAAAAUAAUUUUCAGCAAAACAUUAUUGAUAUCAAUGAUAAAUCUCAAUCUCAGUUGAACAGAGUGGUUAGGGGCUGCAGUUGAACCUAAGCUAAAGAAACCUGGUCUUGUAACAUUGAAAGAAAAAGCAUGACGUCAUAAGCCGCCUCCAGAGUACCUAUGUCUAAGCUCAGGAAAAAAGCAGUUGCGCAACAAAUAACUUCUCUCAUGAUGGUAUACGGGAUUUAUCUCUGAGCUUUGAUCAACCUAUCGGCGGUCCUGGCACUGAAAUAGCGUUAUUUCUCAUUUUUUGUAAUGAUAAGUGCCUUAACAAAAAUAAACCGAACAGGUAACGUUAUUGGUUUUCUUGGACUUACGGGCAAUCGAACGGAACCGCUUCAGCGUCUCAAGGAUAACUCCAUUUUUUACGCAAAGUUCGAAUAAUGUAGUUUAGCGACAUAGCCGUUGGUCCGGCAAGCAAGUAAACUAAGGUUCGAGUCCGGACAAAAGUCGACUAGCAGCUUUUUCAUAAUCAUCGUCAUCAUCAUCACCACCAUCAUCAUCAUCAUCAUCAUCAUCAACAUCAUCAUCAUGAUCAUCAUCAUCAUCAUCAUCAUCAGCAUCAGCAUCAGCAUCAGCAUCAGCAUCAUCAUCAUCAUCAUCUUUAUCAUAUUAUUAUUAUUAUUAUUAUUAUUAUUAUUAUUAUUAUUAUUAUUAUUAUUGUUAUUAUUAGUGUCAUCAAUCUUUUGUUUUCUCUUGGCUUCCCUUUAUUCCUGCCUUUGUCCUCUUCCAGCCAGCAGCUUUACAAGAUUUUGCGAAUGAUACUCUGAGUCAUUAGUCAUUUCCGUGGUGGAACCCUGAAAACAAAUAAUCGAACAUAUGUGCAAUUUUUAACUUUUAAAAAAGAGAAGUGUUUACCAAAAUAUUUCUUUUUUAUUCAUAGUCAGUUACCUUGAAUACUUCACAACUCCCUACUUCGUGUUUUUUCGAGACACGCUUAGCUACCUGGUACUGCUUGGUUUUCACUUUGUUCUAUGUCUUGAGACAUCAAGCAUCCCGUUCAGCGGUCUAGAGUGGGCGAUUUUGGUGUUCUUCCUGAGUCGCAUUUUAAAUGAAAUUAAACAGUUUCUAGACGUCAAAAUAAAGCGAAAGAAAAAGACUGGAAUUAAGAACUCCGAGGGGUCCAAGUAUAAUAUCCGCUUUGAAAAUGGAGUGGAAAGCAGCAAGAGACAAGGAAAAUCAGUUAUUUUUCUUCAAAAAUGCGGCAAAUACUUAAGGUACCAUGUAAUUGGCUUAAAAAGAAGAAGGAGUACUUGUGGUAGUAGUAAAGGUAGCCUGUUCUAGGCUCUCAGAUUGUAGGGGCGUCGCGAAAAUAAAACAAGCGAAGCGAAAAUAAGACGUGCGCGAUCUGGAGAAAGGGCGGUGACAGAAAAAGAGACAGAGCUCCACCGACCUCUCUCUCUCUCCGUUCCUUCGCGUUUUUCUUAUAUUCUUUUAUUGCACAACUGCACUACUAUCUUGGAGCUUGGGAUAGGCUAUGGUGGUAGUAGUGCUAUUAUUACUAUUAUUAGUUGUUGUUGUUACGUUGUUGAUGUAUUGAUGUUGCUUAUGGUACCUGCACACAAGGAAACACCGUAAGGUCCGGUUCCCAACUUCUGGCUAGACAUCAAGUACUUAACUGAAAGUGAAUAUAUUUUUAGACCCAGAGUUAGUGAAAUGAUACAUGAAAGCUAACAACUUACAGCUCUAACACGAUUAAAUGCCAAGAUAACAGCAUCUUAAACUUUUACUGUCAGAUUAAGAAAACCGUUGCAGCUGAGACAUUUCACUCUUGUUUAUUGUGUUAUGACCAAUCAACGCUAAGAUGAGGACACGCAAGCAACCAGUAGUACACUAAACAUUUCUCAAUACUGCAUGAUAUUUGGUCUAACCUAUAAAAGAUGUCUCCAGUUUGCUUUUCGUUCAUAUAUAUCCUUUGGCGUUGGCAUGUUGGUUCCACCAUUAAUAAGCAUCGUUGCAAAUCCGCUGAGGCAUUCUUCUGUCAUUGAAGAACGUGUCCAUAGCUUCAGACGACGCAGAACGCAGAGCAGAGAAGGAUCUAGUUUACAAGAAACCCUUCCAACUGGUGUGCCAUUACAGAUACUCUCGGUAAAUUAGAGUGAACCUUGCAAAUAGUACAUACACACUCCAAUUUCAAUAGAGGGUUUUGCUUCCUUUUUCUUACUAUUUGCACACACUGUGGACCAACCAAUUUCUCGGCCUUGAAAAUGGCAAACAACUGCAAGUCACUACAAUCAAAAUAACUGAGUCUAAAGAGAACAAAUGCAUCUACAGACUUGAUCUGUCUGGCUCAACAGGUCCAGGAAGGGGAGCUGCCCCUCUGUCCCCCGCCCCCCCCCGGCUUGCUACGGCUCUGGGUUGUUGCUUGCUUUUAAGUUUUGCGACGCCUGAUUGGUUAAAGAUAACAUUCCAGAAAUAUUUCUGGUUUUUCAGGGCGUUUUAGUUUCACUUUGCUUUUUUAGUAACGUAAUUAGAUUCUUUCUUGAAUUCAGUGACCGAUGGAACAUUUUGGAUUUCGUAACCGUCAGUAUCUACACUGUUACAUUUUGCUUGAGGGUAGCCACGUGGACAUUAUCUGAAGCAGUAACUGACAAUCGAGCACUUGUUAGUGCUGGUUACCUAUACGCUAUAAAUACCAUGCUCCUUACACUCCGAGCCUUUGGUCACGUGAUGGAAACAUUCAAGGGCAUUGGCGCCAUUCAGAUCGCUUUGUUUCAUAUCAUCGGUGACGUGGUGACGACAUUCUGGCAGUUUAUAGCAACUAUUUUGGCGUUUUCUAUCGCCAUUACAAAGGUGUACAUGGCAGAAAGAUCAUUCAUUUCCAGCGGCAGCAAAAGGGAUUCGUGAGUAGAAUCAAUAUAUAUAUAUUAAUCAGAGAAAGUUAAUCGUCAAUAUUAUUAAGUAUAGGAGUAUUAGAGGAAACAAAAAAACUGCAGACGUGAGAAGUAAGAAAGAAGUAAAGCGUAGAAUAGCGUUAGCAAAAAGUGCAUUCCACGAAAUGUCAAGAGUACUCAAAUCAAGAAAUACUAAAAUGCAAACAAGGAAAUAAUAUUGCAGUGUUAUAUAUGGUCAACAUUAUUAUAUGGUUAUGAAGCAUGGACUCUGACCAAAACCAUGGAAAGUAAAUUAGAGGCUUUUGAGAUGUGGACGUAUAGGAGAAUGUUCAGAGUAUCAUGGACAGAAUAUAAAACCAAUGAAUAAGUUUUAAACAUGGCAAAUACAACAAGGUCAUUCAGUACGUCUUGGUGACAGUUACUAUCAUAUACUCCAUUGAUAUUAAAUUUAAAAACUAACAAUGAAGCGGCCGACACUGUUUAGAACUGGGAUAUCAUGCUCAUAAGACUUCACUAAAAGUAGUCAUCGAGUUCUUGAAAAAAGGUCUGUCUGAUAGCAUCAUUAGAUAUCUCAUAAUAAUAAAACUAGUAAUAACCGAAGGUUACGGAGUGCGGGCGACAACGAUCGACGGGUCAAAACGCUUUUGCUCCAGCGCUGUGCUUUGCGUAAGUUUUACGUGACAGAUGGUCAGAACGCGCGUGAUCGGAUUACAAGUGAUAGAAGGUCCAAACGCGUGUGAUCAAAUUGCGUUCUGUGCAUUUCAUACAUUCUUAGUGGAAUUCCAAACGAAUGCUGGCUACAUUCAUGCAAAGCAUGCCUAAUAACAACCUGGAGAUUAGGAUUGCGGGCUCCCCUAGUCGCCUACAAUUAAAAUUUUGCGGCUAAUUAGUUACGUCGUUUUCCCGACAAAAAUAGCAAGAUCUGAAAACAGAAGAAAUAUCAUUUGACCAGUUCUACACUGGGGUAAAUGUAUUUUCUCACCGUAGUUUCGUCCAACGAUGUUUUACGAUUACAAUUCAUUGUUUCUGGUUAUAUCGCCAUCAAAAAUUAAAUAAAUAAAUAAAUGAAAAAUUGAGAAUUCUCGGGAAUUUCAGAGAGUUUUUGUAGAGUUUUAGACAAUUCUAAAAGAAUUUAGAGCUUUUUUUGGGAAAUCCCUGGAACAAUUUAAGGCCAUACUUCGAGAAUUAGGUAGCUAAGCCUAAUAAAGAGUCAAAAAGUAAUUUGAAUCUGAAUUUCUCGCCGUUGGUUAUUAAGUAUAACUUGACAGGCAUUAAAAAUUUGUUAAAAGGAAGGAAAUGCUCCCAAAGAGAAAAGCGGACAUCAAGACAACAAAGAUGACUGUUGAAAGAACGACAGGUCCAUUCAUGCCAGGAAACGCGUUUUAAGUAAGACUCGAACUUCUCUAAUAAAUGGCACAAAAGGUUCUUCGCGUAUUAAAUAAGACGCGACUUUCUAGUAAUUUAAGGCAUGCCUUGUGAAAGACACUCCUCUUAUUUUUCCACAUAUAAAUGGCCAUAAUUUGUUAAUUACUAACAGUAAAAUUAUCAACAAAGAUGAACAUAGAGAUGCCACCUUAACAGCGUUUUGGCUCGUUUCUCGUUUGUCCAAUUUUCUUUUUUAGGGCUUGCAAAACCUACAGUGGUUUGUUUUGGUAAGUAAAUCUUUUAAAAUUUAAUUUUCAACAUUUUCGCCUCCCUUUAAGAACUCUUUGCAUACAAAUUGGAGUAUUUAUAAAUUAUCCAAAAAUGCCUAAGUAUUUUGCAGUCGGCAUAUUGCCCGAUUGAAUAUACCAAUUUUAUCACAUGCAAGGAUCUUUAGACCCAGUAAAAUUCAUGUAGUUGGAAACUGAGAAGGGGCCGGAAAGGGAAAAGGAAAGGGCGGGGAUUUUAAUUCAGCCUUAGUGGAAAUACGGGGUUCAAUGACUAAACAAAUGAAAUCCUAAUUAGGGUGAACAUUUGAUAUAAAGUAAACUAAUGAAAAUGAAUUUUUAAAAACGGUCAUCGUAGAUUGCAGUAAUUUGAACAAUUUAACAUAUCUGUAGGAGUAUGAAAAGAUAUUUAGCCUAAAAGGAACGAGAAACCGUUGGACCGUCGCGAAACUGACUUUAAAACAUAGAAAGAAGGUUUCACAAGAAAAAAAUCAUCCAAAAAAGACUGCUUACGAAAUUUAGACAAAGUUACAAAAGAUCGAUACAUCAAAAUUCUAACAUGACUCCAAGACUUUCUGGUCAUUUCUCAAUGUUUGGUUUGGUUUUCUUAGUGCUCAAGCCUCUUCUGGAGUUGAGAAAAUGGAGUUUUGAAAGUUUUGCAAUUAUAUAUGCCCUUUAAAGCCUCAAAGUCAAGUUAGAAUUUUAGUAUAUCGAACGUGGGCUAUUUGUUUGAUCUGUAAAAAUUGUGAAUGACCAUAUACACAUUCUUUGCUUCUAAUCUUAGUUGGUGGAGCAUGGUGAAACACCUUACUUGGUCUCUGUUGGGAAUAGCGGAGUUGGAUCCUCUGGACUCAGUGGACAGCACAUCAGCAACUCUCGCCCGCUUAUUGUUUGGAGCCUUUCUUAUCAUGGGGGUCAUUCUUCUAGUUAAUAUGAUGAUAGCCCUACUGUCUAACACUUACCAGCGAGUUGAGGUAACAUUGACCGUAUUUGUUUCAUCUAUUGACAACACUCUUGUUGCUAAAGCCCUGGCCAACCAUUCAGCAAAAUUGGAUCUCACCACCCAACAUUGUUUUAUUCAAACGCCAUAAAAACGCAAGCAAUAUGUACUUCGAUGAAGCAGGGCGUUGCUGGCUUAUUGCAACUGAAAACGUAGCGCUAGACCGAAACCAGCUCUUCGAGGACGAUUUUGUAUGGUCAGGCGAGGGUAAUACACUCAUUCAUACAGUUAUAUCUGUGCAAUACACUCUUGCAUUCAAUAUCCUGAGGGUUCGUGUUUCACUAUUUUUUUUGGCACAGUAUUAAGUAAUUUUUUUCUCUAUCUGUACUCUACAGCUGAACGCCGCGGCGCUGUUUUUGUCAAUCGUCGAAUCAUAGCAAAAAUCUUCUUAAGUCGGUCAGCUGGUUAUGAAUACUUAGCAGGAUAUUUAAAGAAAUCAGAAACAAGAGAAAUAUUUUGAGUGAAUAAUAAUGGUUGUUAUCUUGUGCUCUUUUUGAGGAUAACUCCCUGAAAGAAUGGUCGUUCAAGAAAGCCAUAACGAUUCAGACGUACAGCACGUACCAUCCAAUACCGGUACCUCUUAACCUAAUGUCAAAUGCAUUUCUAUGGAUACGAUGGUUGUGGUUUAUUUGCAAGGGGCGUUGUAAAAGGCAACCUACGAAGAACACCUGGAGUAACCUAAGCUACGUAAGUCAAUUCGAUCGUUGUGCAAGACCAACUUAUAAAAUGACCAACUGUUUGCAAAAGUCUUUUCAUCAAGGCAGCUUACCGGCUUAACAGCCUUGCCAGUUGACAGAGGUUUAAGCACUAGCUAUUUAAUUUUAGACCUAGCAACCUUGCAAAAACUAAAAACCGGUUUUAUUAUUGUCCAGUUGGAAUGUUAAUGCGCUGAUCGAUAGUACAAAAGACAGAGGAACAAACAACACAUAUUUACUAAAAGAAAACAAUAGAGAUAGAAUUGACUUCCCAUGUGUAUAAUGGUCUGCAUGCGUGUUAGGGCCCUUAUCCGACUUACCCUAACACAACUAAAGAGACAAUUCAAAAACAGUAAGUAACUUCAGUAUAUAUGGAACACUUAUAUGCACUGUAAAAUGUGAUUUUGACCUGGAGAUCAACGUUAAUAACCACUGUGACUUUAAUUCAUGAUGUUAUCAAACAUUUUUCCUUUUCAUCUUAAGCAGAACAAAUCCCUGGAUACUGUUGUCGAAAAUCUCCAAUUUACGUAUUUUCCAAAAUAUGGAUACUUCUUUCCUUUCACAGGUGAGGAUAAUUCUCAAAUAAAAAAAUACCUUGUUUUCUGUCAGUCUGACACCAAAAGAAUUGUGUCCAUUUUGCAAUAUCUUUAUAACUGUUAACUUUCUUAAGGCUUUGUUGCAUUCCUGCUCGUUUAUUCUUAAAAUUUGUCGUAGUACCCAUGAAACAAACUUUCAGAGAAAAUUUGCUUUUGGCAUAAAUUUUACUACAAAGCGAAGGAAGAGCAAACGAAAAAUCUAGGCAUUCAGUCAAAUAAUAAACCUCUUUCUGUGCAUUAUUUUUUUACUUGAAGCCGCGUGUAUUUUCGAAAGCGCAGCAAUGUUAGGGAAGAAAUAUUCAUUUGGUAGUAGACCUGAUCAGAGUCAGUGAUAAACAAAAUUCGAAGACCCGGCCGUAGCGAUCGCGAGAGUUCGAUUUGUUUAAUCACGAGUAUAUUAUGACAACUAAGACAAAUUUGUGAUAGUUAUUUUAAGCUUUUUUAAAAUUGAAAUGAAAUAUAUUCCCAGAGUUUUUUGCUAAGAAGAAGUGAAAAAAUAAAAUUAUUCAAGUGAGCGCUCGCUAUGGCACGUACUGUCUAAUUACUUAGGGGUCCUUAGGCAACGCGUACUGUCCUAUUACCCUGUCUUAUUAUUAGUGAGUUUACGCAACAGGACGGCAGAAAGAAGAGGACCAAUCAGGAUAGUUGAUAACCAAGUAGAUUUGAGAGUUUUGUUAUAGUUAUGAUUAAUGACAAAAUAAAAAUAGAAUAUGAAUGUAUUGAGAAACUGAUUCAUGCAUUUAAAACCAGUAGGUUAGACUAUUACAACAGUCUCCUCUAUGGAGUUCGCGACCAUCACAUGCGAAAACUCCAUCGUGUCAUGAAUGCCAGGGCGCGAUUCAUCUGCUGCGCACCUAAACACUGUCAUCUUACGCCGCUCCUUAACAUGAACUUCACUGAUUGCCUAUCCGCCUACGUAUCGAAAUUAAAAUACUUUUGAUCACCUUUAAAGUACUCCAGGGCUCGGCUCCUAAAUAUCUCAUUGAUUCAAUUUCUGUUUUACCGCCAUCCCGUUAUGAAUUACGGCAAAAUAACAAGGGAAUUCUUCUGAGCACCCCAAAGCGUUUCAGAAAAGUUAUCAUGGGGGAUCGAUCCUUCAUGGCGGCAGCGCCACGGCUUUGGAACAGUCUUCCCGUAAGGAUUAGAUCUGCUUGCACAAAAAAUGAUUUUAAACAGAAACUUAAGACAUUUUUAUUCAGCAAGGCAUUUUAUCAGUACAAUUGGUUUAUAUUUAGAUUUUUAUAUAGUUUUUCUGCAAAUUUCUUUUCUUAUAACCAACUGUAAAUAGUAUAGUUUUCGUCUUUUAUUCCAUAGUGAUUGUAAAUGGGUUCUUAUUUUUGUAGUUUUUGUAAUGUUUGUAAUGCGCAUUUAAUUAUUUUUAUAGAAAAUGCGGAAUAUAAAUAUUAAGAGUUACGGUCAGGAAAUAUCGACCAUCGCGUGGCAAGAGUUGAAAAAUCGAUUUCCUUCAUUUUUUGCCCAUAACCAGCUUUUAGGUAGAGAAGUAAUCUGAUGUAAGUUGUUCUCGCAAAAAGUCUUUUAUUUUCGAGAAAAGUAAGAAUAUCAGUUUUCGUGGUCGGAGUCUCAAAAUGGCCGUAUUUUCAACCCGAAAAUUGCUAACAUCAACUCUCCUCGCGUUCGCAAAUAAAGCCGCAAGGAGAAAUUUGGACACUUUCCAUCAAUAGAACAACUCUUCUUCUUUCACUAGAAGAUACUUUCAAAGCAAUAUCAAGACUCGUGGAACUAACGUAAUUCAAAAACGAAGAACAGGUUUAUACCUGCCAACUCUCACGCCUUUGAUCUCACGCCGGCUCACGCUUGUGGACCAAUUUCUCACGCCUGAUUGAAAAAUGUGAGUUGUUGCCGUCUUGCUUGACACAAUUUCCAAAAACAUGUUAGCUCAGACCCAUGUAAGGAACGAAAACCAUGUGUAAAAUGAAUAAAUGACAAUACCUUCCUCGCGAUCUCUGAUUUUGGGGAUAAGCGUUUUCCCGAUAACUUCGCCUUCGGCAGACUUCGGACGUCUUCGGAAGACUUCGGAAGACCUCGGAAUUCUUCGGAAGACUUCGAACUUCUUCGAGAAUCUUCGAAAAUGAUUGUGUCGUCUUCAAAAAUCCCAGCACUCCCAGGAUAAAAAAUCUCACGCUUAUAUCUCAGAAAAAGUUGGCAGGUAUACAGGUUUCUACGGUGACAAAAACUUUAAUUUAGUAGUUGUUUUCUGCGGCAUUAUUCUUCAUGUGGUAUAGCUCUAAAUUUUCCCACUCCUCUUUUAUUCACACAUUUAGACAUUCAACUAAAGCAUACCUGAGAAUUGGCUUGGGUGCUUGAAGGCAGCCUCCAAACGAAAGCAUCGAAGUCCGGUAAAUAUAGUAAAUCGUGACCAAAAUAACUUAUUUGACGGCUCCAAGUUUCCUCGAUCGUAAAGUAACAAGAGGAAAUAUCUUCUUGUUCAGUCAUCCUUAGCGAAUUACCAUUGUUAAGGUCCUUAUUUUUCGAUAAAAAGUGAGUACCAGAACGCUAGCGCGUUUGAUUUUUUCUCCUUCAAAGUACCGGUCGUGCUGUCGGCAUCGAAAAUGUUACUCCUUCAAGAAUUGCGUUGUGUUACUACGCCGUGAUCCGUGACUGUCAUUUUGACCGCUCCGUCUCUUCGAACGUACGUUAUGUCACGUGAAGUCACGGAACAGAUUGUCACGCAGAGUCGCCGGCUGGUAGAGUUCACUGUUUCAAAAUGGCAAAAAUUGACCCAGUUUCACCUUUUUACCCCACUCUUUGAUUGAAAAAAGGAACUUUGCAAUGGGAAAACCUACAAGAAGUACGAAAAAAGAGCCUUUAGGCUAUAAAUAUCUGCUUUUGUGCGUUUCGAAAUUGGAAGUAUUCACACAAUUACCGCCGGCCUACCAUGAAAAUUCCGGAACUUCGAAGGUGUCUUACAGAGAUUUCCUUCAAUAACCCAAGCCAAUUCCCAGGUAUGUUUUAAAUGAAUGUCUAAAUGUGUGAUUUGAAUAGCAUGAAGAGAAUUUGGAGUUAUACCACAUGUUAAAUAUUGCCGUCGAAAAUGAGUAACGAACUUAAGCUAGUUUUGUUAUCCUGAAAACCUAUCCCCCAUUUUUCAAUUAUUUCAGUUCGACGAGCUUCGCUAUUGCCCUUAAAGUAUCUUCUAGUGGAAGAAAAAGAAUUUUUCUGUUCAUGGAAAGUGUCCAAAUUUCUCCAUGCAGCUUCGUUUGCGAACGUGAGGAAAGUUAAUGUUAGCGAAUUUCAGGUUAAAAACUUGGGAAGUCUGAAACUCCGACAUCAAAAACGGAUCUUCUAAUUUUUCUCACAUUUAAAAGGCUUUUGGCAGGAACAAUCUAGUUUAGGUUUCUUAUCUACCUAAAAGCUAUCUAUGAACAAAAAAUGAAAGAAACUGAUUUUUCAACUCUUGCCGCGAAAUUAAGAUUUUGGUCGAUUUUUCCUGACCGUCGCUCUUAAAUAUUAUUGUUAUUAUUAUUAUUAUUACUAUUUUGAAUUUUAGAGGCUGAGAGUUUUUUUUAUUGAAAUGAAAUGUUUUUGAUUCGAAUAAGCUUUACUUAGUUAAAUUAACUCUUUCUAAGCUAAAUUAAGUGCUUUUUAAAUCGACAGGAAUUGUAAAUAGUGUUUUGAAUGAACAGUUUUUUCUUUUUUUCAAGGGAAUUAAUUGUAAAUAGCAUUUUAGUAGUUAGCAUUGUUGUCAACAAAAUUUUUUCAGUUUGAUUAUUAUUAUUAUUAUUAUUAUUAUUAUUAUAUGUCUUCCGAACGUUAUAUGUAAAGUUUCAAACACGAAAAACAUCAUCUUAUGAUAAAUUUUGCUUUCUUAGACACAUUUGCUAUCAAUAUUUGAAUUUUAAACUUUUUGUAGGUGCUUGUGAGGACAAUCAAAAACUAUUUCAUCAUUUGAUUCUAUUUUGUUUUUGUUGUUGUUUUGACUAAUAAGAUGAAAGUAAAAUGGACCAUGUUCUCCAAGAAACAGAGAGAAAUCGGCAAAUGGCGAAUCAAAUUGCCCACGCGACAUUUGCCACGCAUGGAGGUGUCCUUCCUACUGGCCCAAAGGUAAAAAUACUACAGGAUGUGAAACAGUCUUUGAAAAGGCGGGCAUAGUCCUUAUAGUCAGGCAUUAUUUAAGAGUUGUUAGUAUUAGGCAAGCUCUUAAGAUCAACGGAAAUUAGUACGCAUUUAAACUUAAAAAUAUUCAUUUCGUUCACUCCGCUCACCUUUUUUCAACCGAUUUAUUGACAACAAAAAACACUGGUACAUUAGGACGGUUAAAUAGCCGGGAAUAAGACUUUUUAAUAUGCGCGCUUAAGGUCUACAAAAACUAUCAGUGGAUUGCAGGAGCCGUAAGCGAGUGCGUCACUGAUAACAACAACAUAAGCUUUUUUUGCAUGACCAUGAAGGUAUUACACUAUUGCAAAAGCUACUGCAGUACUCUAAAUUUAACCACUAAUAUAACUAAUUAAUGUAAAACAUUAAAACAUUACAAAACAUAAAAGUUCCCAUUCAUUCAUUGAUAUUAAUUUGUUUGAAGUCAGGUAUUUUAGUUUCUAUUUUGGAGAAAAAUUCGUCUCUAAUCUGAGAAUAUGCUUUACAAUCCGGGUAGCAAGAAAUGAUUUUCAUCUUAAAUUUAGUACUGUUACAAAAGGAACACAUCCUUUCAUUGCGAGGAAUUUUUUCUAAGUUGAUGACUACAUGCUCUAAUUUCAACUAAUGCUUUUUUAGAGGGGUUUUUUCUUGUUAAAACUAGGUACGUCGAGGGGCUAUAGUCCUUUUGGUUGUACAAUAAAAACUGAGAUUUUGUUAUUGUUGAAGUGUCUGGUUCCAGAGACGGUUUAUUGAGGCGCUACGCCGACAUACCGUUUAACUAGAGUCAUUCAAUGAAUUCUAAGAAAAGACACAGUUUAGAUCGUAGUAGUCAAGAGAUUAGAGUAAAAGCUGUUAUUUCCGCCAUAAUAAAGGACAAUUGAAAUUUUUAAGGCUUUUUAACUAUAGAAUCUUCAUCUUUACCUUUCAAAUAGCUUAUAAGUAAUUUAGGCAAUGUUGAAUCUAAUUGUUUAAUUCAAUGAACAGAAAGAAAAAAAUGACAGACUUGCCUCUUAGCGCUCGACUUUUCGAGGAUUUGUGCCACUUCAGGCAUUUUCCAAUUCAAAAACACUACUUUCGUCUUGGCUUCCUUUUAUCUUUUUUUUUUUUUCGUAAUUGUAAACAGUUUCUUCUCUUUAUUUUUCUUAGGCCUUCACUCGCUCAAAGCAGAAGAAUAAAAUGAACACUUUCAAAACUGUGAUUCUUUCGUAACGAUAACGGCGUUAAUCGUGCGCGUUUUAAAGAUUUGUUCCAGUUUAGCAUUUUCUAGCCUCGGUUUCUCCUUUUUUUACGCUUGCAAACAAUCCUGCUAAACGUUUUUUCGAGGCCUUCACUUCCUUUUUCGAAGCAAAAAUUAUUAGCACAGUCGCUUAAUGCGCGGCCACUUAGGUGUGACCUCAAAUCCUUGUUUCCGCUUCUUUUCUUUCUGUGAAGCUUUUAGUAGCUUGAAAUUUCCGCUAAACAGAGCACUGGUGGAAAGAGGGGAGGUACACUGCUGACUUCAGGUUCGUCAGUCUAAUGUGUACUGUUGCGAGUUACUGACGUCCAAUAAGGGCCUUUAGUUUUUUUACCUUUGUCGAUCCAACUUGAGCUCGCAAGCAUUUUAAAAACAUGGAACCAUAUUAGACAAAGAAAACAAUUUUUCGUGACGCCAUUUGUGUGUCUGUGCCCUAGAAGAUCAUUGGCAGCAACCAAUGACAGGGCGCGUGGCAUUCAGAUAAUUGUAUAUAAACGGUAAGACAUUCUAGUGUUUUUGGAUUAUUACGAUAGGCUGUAGACCCGGCCAGCCACUCUUAGGGUUGAUUUCCAGUGUCGCGUAAUUUUCACGUGCGUACGUGCGUAAAAUAUACGUUCGCAGAUAAAACCGAGGUAAUGCAUGAAAGGUCGCUCGUAAGCGUAAAAGUUGAUACGUUUUAUCUUGCCUCUAUUUUACUUACGUGAUUAAAAUUUACUUGCGUUAACGUGCGUAGUCAAAAUCGCGUCGGUGGAAAUUAACCUUUACUCCUUUAAAAUCUGUCGGACGUCAGAACCUUCACGAUAUUAAAGACAUUGGGGGACCUAUACUAGACUUAGUUUUAGUGGUCUAUCUCUGCCAACUUUGGUCGGCCUAGGGAUUAACUUCAAGGGAUUCUAAGCAAAUGAGACAAAAACCGACAUACAGUCAGAAGCCAGGCUUUUUGCCGGGUGCUAGCAUGCGUAGCAGUCAUUUCCUUUCCUUUUAAACAGACGGGUAAAGCUAAAGGGGCGCCGCUCUUAACUGUUUUUUUUUUUUUGCUCCUUAGCCCUUGCUUGUCUCUCCUGCGCUUCUUCCGCGUGGCUAAAAGAAAACGGAAACGAAUACUUGAUCAGGCUAGCAAGGUGCUUAAACCCUCACUAAGAAAUUCAGGGACAGGCACUCACGACCCAACGCUGCUCAGUAAUUCAGUGUUAGUUUAAACUUACGUAGGAGAAGUCAAGUACAGCAUUAAGGUAUAAAAAAGUGUUUUACAGGCCUGGCAAAGCCAAGGGAUAAGAGUGCAAGGAUGCCUUUUAACUUGUGAAGGAAGUUUGUUUUGCUCCACCUGUAAAGACGAUCCAGCCGAAUACCACGGCGCGAGAUACAUCUUUCCUUUCUCUCCAGAGACUCCCCAUUUUGAGGUGCGUUCCCUAAUUAAUAUCAAAGUCAUUAAAAGGCUUCUUUCCGUCAAAAAUGAAACAGAUAGGGUGAAACCCCAUGAAUCCGACUACCGUUAGGCCAAGGAAUCCUGGUCGUAUUAACGACGUUUCCAGACUGAGAUAAUGACUGAGAAGUUUAUCGUUUGAACCAGAAUAAUGUGCUCGUACUAAAGAAGUGGUAAGAAAGUACCGAGGGUUGCAAAAUAGCGUAAAAACACUAACAAACCAGUGGCUAAGCUGAAGAUAUUAACUAUGUGUCCAAUCCAUAUAGAUUAAUUUCAGCAGAGCUCACACGCAAAGGAAAGUCUUUGACUUCAUAAACAGCAACUGACCCAGGAUGAAACCCUGCGGUACACCAAAAUGAAUGAACCUUGAAAGUCUAUCACGUCAAAAAAUACAACAACAACAACAACAAACAAACAAAUAGUCUAAAACAAAAGACACACACACACAAUUGCCAUUCGUUUCAGUCUUCCUCAAGCUUGUCAACCCGUGCCUCCCUCUGUAUUUACCAUGUUAUUUUUAGCUCUUUCUAAUAACUUAACCGGUUAUUUUAAUGUUGUACCCAGUUGGUGGUAGUUCCCACCGAUUAUUGAAUUUUGAUAACUUUCGUGACUCAUGUAAACUCCUUUAAUAGGUUUUUACCACUACUUACAAUAAAGGUCUUUACUUGACCCCGAGGCCAAGGGAAAUAAAACAAAAGAACUGAUCUAUUCAUCCUUGAACCUCAAAAUUAUUUCUUUAACAAUAUCGAAAAAGGCAAAACAUUCCCUGGAGAAAGCAAUUAUUACUAUUGCUAUUAUCAUUAUCAUUAUCGGUAUCGUUAUUAUUAUUAUUAUAAUUAUUAUUAUUAUUAUUAUUAAUGCCGACAAAAAGCUAAGCGAGCUGUUGAGUUAGCUACAGAGAAGGGAUCAUCAAAUUGGCUGACCGUGAUUCCUCUCGAAGAGCUAGAUUACAAUCUGAAUAAGAAGGAAUUUAGAGAUGCAAUCAAGUUACGGUACGACUGGGAAAUAACGGACACGCCCAUGAUCUGCGCAUGCGGUGUUCAAUUUAGCGUGGAUCACGCAAUGGUGUGUCAGCGUGGCGGAUUCAUUAUCCAGCGCCAUAACGAACUGCGCGACUUGGAAGCAGAGAUGCUAAGGAUGGUCUGUAAUGAUGUGGAAGUAGAGCCGGUACUUCAGGAGGUCACUUGGGAGACAUUAAAUCAUGCCGCUAACAAAGCUCCUGAUGCCCGUUUGGAUAUUCAUGCUCAAGGUUUUUGCGAGAGACAGAGAUCUACAUUCUUCGACGUUUGGGUGUGUCACCCUAAUGUAGACUUUUAUAGAGACUUGACUCCUAGGCAAAUCUAUAAGAAGCAUGAGAAGGAGAAGAAGAGGCAGUAUGCGGAAAGAGUCAUGAAGAUCGAACAGGGAACGUUCACUCCCCUAGUUUUCACGACCACUGGUCAGAAGCCCAUCAAAUGGAGCCUCCAUCUCCAUUAAUUUCUUGAGUCAACUCUUUCCCGAGUAGAUUUAUAAAUAGAACGGCUUGUUUCCCGCAAAAAAGUGUCAUAUUUCCGUGAGGUCGUAUGUCACCGUGUAAAAAUAAAGUUGAAUAAAGUCGAACUCAGGAGCCCGUCCUUCGACCGUUUUCCUUUUUUACUAUACGUCCAUUUUUACGAGUUUACAGCCGCUGGGAUCUGGGUAUCAUGAAAUAAAAGUUAAUGAAUUACCCGACGGAGACUGAGCAUGAAGCGAUGGACAAAGGUAGAAAACUGAGGAUCACGGAAAGGUUAUCUUGGCGAGUUUUUUUUUUUUUUUUUUUUUGGCCGUCAUACAUCAUACAUGUAAGCAUACACUUCGAAAAGAGUCGACAAUAAAGCGUUCUGUGGACGAUUUGGAACUUUUCGAUGAUCAUCGCCGAAAAAGUGCCAGAAUUACUUGAUUUUUGUCAUCACCGUGGAGUGGAUUUCGACAGAAGCACCGCGUGCAAAAGCGAUGACCUAAGUAGCAACUAACAAGGAAUGCUUUAGUUCCGAAAUUUGAGAAAUUGCAGUCUUCCUUUACAACUGACUCUAUUACCAUGAGUGUUACCUAAUGAAACUGGCACUUGAAAAGUUGAACAGAAGAGAACAGUUGCUCGACUGUGAAGCUAACUCAAAAGUAAUUUGUUAACGGAGGAAUUUGUGACACCGCGCUCCAGUCCAAAGGUCCACUUAUUAUUUGGGCGUGGCCCAAAUAGAGUAAUGGAAACGGCUUGUUUUGACGCAAAUGUGCAAUAGGCACGCAAUUCGUGCUAACGUAAACAAGGCAAGUAAACAAGCGAAGCGAGGCGAAUGUCUGUCAUGGGAACGUCUUUUACAAGGUAAGGGGCAUGUGGGAAAGAAAGCUCUGCUUGCCCACGGCACUUAAUCGCACUUUUACGAUCUCAAAAUUUAAUCUGAAUCUUCAGUAUUUUUGCCUCAUUGAAAUUUGGAAGUCUGAUGUCCAGGGAUGAAAUCUAUCAAAAGUAUUUGGAAUAUUAACGUCGGGUUUUGGUCACAAUAAUAUCACACGCAACGAACCUUGAAACACAGAAACUCAAAAAACGGAUCGAAAUCCACCAAUCACAAACCAUAAACAAUGACCUUUUGAACCAGUUGAAGAAAACUUUCGUUUCCUAAGAGGUCCGCUAAGAUGAUUGACGUCUGACAUUUUUUUGACGAGAGGAUCGAAAUGCACCAAUCAUCGAAAGACAGUUUUAAUUGCACGUUUCCUAAGAGGUCAUCUGAAUUUGCUCUUUUCUUUAUUUUAUGUCCAUUUUUUGUGAUUGGUCGAUUUUGUUAGGUUGAGUGGAUAAUCCAAUGAGGGACGAUUUGGAUAUCGUUUGAUCCGAAAUUUUUCGAAGCAGAAGUGAGAAGCAGUUUGGAUAACAUUUGGCCGCGGCGUUUCGAGAAACGUGUUAAUAUAUUGUUCAAUCAUGUUAUUCCGGGUUAAACUUACAAAUGCACACACUGUUCGCGGUAGGCCCGCACUAAAAAAUAACACUGAGUGUUUUCGGAAUGGGCUGGUCCGCGAACUCAAAGAAAGACAAAGGAAAUUAUCAAGACAUUCAAUGACAUCAAAGACUCAUGGACCCCAUAGACGUAAUAACAAAUCGGAAUAUCAGGAGUGUACGUGUAAAAUGGAAAAGAGUUGGAAUAGAGGAAUGUUGAACAAGUGUGAGAGUCGCAAGAUUUGUGUAGCUGGUUAUCAGUGUGACAAUAGUGAUUUUGAUUUUGCAUUGCGGAACACAGUGAGUUGCCUGUGAUAAAAAUCUGUUCCGAUGAAGGAAGAGACGAUUGUCAACAAUUGAAACCAAAAGGGUCUGAGGCUUGUUUUGGAACUACUGUGAUAACUGCAACAAUUCUUCUUCAAUUUUGUUUAGCAGGGUGACGGUUAAUGUACUUGUUUUUGUAUUGCGUGUUGUGUUUUUUCAUACGAUGCUGUGCGUCGGGAUUUUGCAUUAUCAGCAUGUUUUGUAUUAGUGUUUUGUUGGCAGCGAGGUGACGACAAGAUAAGGUAAUGAGCUAGUUGUACAGAAGGAAAAUUGUGUUGUGGAGGAAAUAAAAGAAGUUGAAUGAGUUCUCGUCGUGGGAAAUUUAUUUAUAACAGAACUUACGAUUUCAUUGCUUUAAAUCAGGUUAGUCCAUUAUAUUUUCGGCAUGACAAAUUACCAUAGAAUCGAGAUUGUAAUUCGAAACUCGCGUUGUUUUCAAAAUUUGCAUAAAUCGGGCGCUGCAAAGAAAUAUUUAGGUUACAAGCGCUUCAAAAUACUGUACCUCCAGAACGGCUUAGCUUUUACUUGUUGUGCUAUAUCUUUCAAAACUAUCGAUCAAUGCCCGUGGCUGGUUAAAAUCGUCUCUUGUUGGUUUUCAAACGAUUCAGGAUGGAUCGAAUCGACUUUGGAACGUUUAUUAUUGGACGUAUGGAAAAGCCGGAAUCCGGAAUCCGGAAUCCGGACCCGGAAACGAAAACGGAAACGGAACCGGAACUUAAAUUGAGACUGGGGUAAACUGGGAAGCACUGAAACCAGUUCACAAUAAAAUUCAAGAUGGCGUCCUCCGUUAUCAUUGUUUUGGGAAAUUUUCAGCACAGUGAUCGUGAUACCACAGAUUAUCUCACAUUCGGAAAGUGACUUGCAAAAAAAAAAGGUAAGUGCAUCCUACUGUUAUUCCUAGAAGUCAUAAACUGUGACUGCAGCUUUAGGUCGAGCAACUUUCGACAGAUCGAGACUACAACUAAUCAGAAGUCUAUUGACUGCGAAAAACAGCCAUUAUUAGUAUGUGAUGUUUAAGACCGCUGUGUUAUUCAUUUCCUUCCCUUGAACCUAAGUUACUCUUUUCUUAAAAAAGGCUCCGUGUUUUAUCCAUUGUGAGGGAAAGGCGGCAAAGGGAGGAGGAGUACUCAUGUCAAUCAUGAUCCCAAGUUGCAACGCUCACGCGUAUAUGAAAUUCUCGAACAAAAAUUUUGCACCGUACGCAAAAAGUGCGACAGUAAAAAAUAAAAUAACAAUAGAUAAAUAUAAUGUGGGAAAUAAAAGUCUUGAUCGAGCAAUUAUUGUUGGUGACACUCUCAAGACAGAAACGUCUCCAAUUUUUAUUUCUUAGGUUCCGGUUCCGGUUCCGGUUCCGGAUUCCGGAUUCCGGAUUCCGGAUUCCGGAUUCCUUCUCUUCCAUACGCCUUUUCUUAUUUUAUCAGCUUCUGGUAUGAACAAAACGUUUUUCUUCUCGGUAAAGUUCACUCAACAAAUUUAGAAAGAUGUACUUGACUUUUCAUAUGUGGAACGAACUGACUUUUUUGUGGAACGAACUGACUGUUUUAUGGAACGAUCUGACUAUUGAUUGGAACGAUCUGACUUGGAACGAUGGCAACGAUCUGACCAUGGAACGAAAUGACCGGUUACCGUCAUGCCCCUAGCAGACCACCAAUGAACAAAAUAAAAUCUUUGUUACAGAAAACACGAAAAGUGACACUUUUUGUAUGGAAGAGUAUUCCGAAAAAUACACCGUUGUCGCUGAAAUUCAUUGUUACGUUAAAAGUACAAAAGGUUUACACUUAAACAGGUACAGAAGUAAGAACUGUAACAGUGUGGGGUUUUACUUAAGGGGCAACUCCAAAACUAGUUCGUAAACGAGGGAAGGUGUAUCUGUCGUCCAAGCAUCAGAGCACCGGCGAUUUAGGUGGAAUGAGAUAUCCAAAUAGGCUUCUAAGUAAGAAUUUGCCCCUCUGUACAUGUAAUUAUCCAUUUUAUACUGCUUAAAACAGUUUGAAUCACCGGGUUAAUUUUGGCCAAUUUAAGCUUUGUACUGAUAUAGAGAAGAAUCCAAGACCUUCAGUUUAUGUAGAUGCUACAAAAACAAUUAAUGCUCCAUACUGUCAAGGAAAUGUUACAGGAUUUGGGGAAAAUGGUGGAUCACGAUGUGUCGCAGUGAGUCUGUGCGCUUUAAUUUACAGUAAGAUAACAAAGAUUACUUCAGUUGAUGAUAUGACUCAAAUAAUGAUUGUUGGUAUUCAAUUAUAUUCUUGUCUGUCACUGCUUGUAAGACAAUCUAUGUCAAUGUUAACAGAAUCGCCAGGAAUGGUUUUCCACCUUGAAUACAGUGACAGUUAUACUUGUAACAUCCAUCACUACUGUAUAUGCCACUCACAGGUUACAGCAUUUGAAACACUCUUGGCACUGAACUACAACUCAUUCAUUUUAAUGGUGGCAAUUAUUGGUCUUGGUAUCUACAGCACUGAGGCUGGGGGAUAUAAUGAAUUGGAUUCUCAUGCUAGAGAUAUGCAUCAUAACAGUCAAAGUGAAGGGACAUGUGUAUUGUUGGAAAUACCAUCCAUGCAUAAAUUAGUACAAUAUUUUCAAACCCUACAUAGGAAUGAGGAUAUAUAUGAACUUAAACGUGUACAUAUUGCCACCUUUGAACCUCAUCUUUUCUCAAGCAAUGUUGAAAAUUGUAGUAUAUCAAAUGUUAAUAGUUACCAAUGUUCCUGUAAACAGUGCUGCCCUAUAGCAGUUUAUGCAAUGUGUUACUCUCUUAUUAAUCCUUGUGGAUACUGGACUUAAGGAACUUUAUUUGCCCUUGUUAGUAACCGGAGUACACUGUACAAAGUGAUGGGUGUGAAAACACGUCUGUCAGUAUCAGUGGAGCUGAGAUAAACCUUACUCUCUGGGCUGUAACCACUUAUGUCCUAUGUUGUAAUUUGGCUCCAAGGAUGUCUGCUUUGAAGAUGUGCAUAUUUUCAAACAUUGUCGUGAAGAGACACUAUUUUUGUUGUGGAUUGGGACAUACUGUAUCUAAAUCUAAAUCUAAAUAUCGUUAUGUCGGCAAAAUCGUUUGGGACAUCACGCCAACUCUAAGAUAAUAAUAAAUAAAACUAUACUAAAAUAUACAAAACUAUUAAAAACUAUUAAAAACUACUGAUAAAAAUAAAACUAAAUUAGUUUGCUUUUAAAAAUACAGAGGGAUUGGCUAGAAACAGUUUCUUCUGGAAGUUUGUUCCAUUCAGUUAUUGUCCUGUGAAAAAAAGAAAAUCUAAAAAUAUCUUUAUGUCCUUUCGGUACAAUAAAUUUAAAAUCAUGGCUUCCCCGGGUUCUCCUUUCUUUACUUGUUAUCAAAUAAUCCCCCCAAUCCCCAUCUAGGAGGCCGUGGCACAUCUUGUAUAUAGUGGAGAGCCUUGCGUGUCUUCUCAUUGUUUCAAGUGUGUCCCACUGUAGGUCUUGCAGCAUUUCCGUCACGCUCGUUGUUCGAUCGUAAUUUCCAGUGACAAAGCGGGCUGCUUUCCGCUGUACCCUUUCUAGAGCGGCUUUAUCUUUCUGGUAAUGUGGGUCCCAUGCGCUACAGGCAUACUGGAGUUUUGGCCUCACAAGUGUCAUAUACACGGUUUCUUUCACUGACUUUGGACAAUUCCACAGGUUUCGCUUGAUAAGUCCCAAGACCUUAUUUGCCCUAGAUGUGAUUGUUUCAAUGUGUGGUGACCACCUCAUUUUGUUAUCGAGGACUACCCCCAGAUAAGGGUGAGAUUCCACUUCUUCUAGGAUUUGUCCACAGAAUACGUAUUCCCGCUUUGGUGGAUCUCUCUUGGUUGUAAAACACAUGAUCUUGCACUUUGAAGGAUUAAAUUCCAUCUUCCACUUUUGUUGCCAAUCUUCUAAUCUAUACAAGUCCUCUUGGAGAUCGGCUGUGUCUUCAUCACAACAAAUUGUCCCAUAUAACAAUGCAUCAUCAGCAAAAAGUCUAACAGUAGAGUUAAGACUAUCAGGUAAAUCAUUUAUAUACAUUAAGAACAGUAGCGGUCCUAAGACUGUUCCUUGGGGAACACCAGAUGUCGUAACUACAGGGGCAGAUGAUGCCCCCUCAAUUACCACUGAUUGGGUACGCUGUGUUAGAAACGAUUCAAACCAGUUAUGUAGUGGGCCACGAAUUCCGUAAUAAUCAAGUUUCUUCAAGAGUCGGCGAUGGGGAACUUUGUCGAAUGCUUUUGAAAAAUCAAGGAUUGCGGCGUGAAUUGUUUUGUUAGACUGGAUAGCACUUGCUAUAUCAUGAAUGGUACAUAUGAGCUGUGUUUCUGUUGAUCGUUUCGCUCUAAAGCCAUGUUGACAAUCAGUGAGCACUCCAUAUCGUGAAAGAUGCUUCAUAACAUGGCUGUGUACAAUAUGCUCAAGUACCUUUGAUGCGAUGCAGGUAAGUGACACGGGCCUAUAAUUUGAAGGAUCCGAUUUCUUUCCUUUCUUGUGAAUAGCGCAUACGUUGGCGUGUUUCCAUUGGAUAGGCACAGUUCCGGUAUCAAUACAAUCUUGAUAUAUAUCAGUAAGAACCUUUGAUAUUUCAUGGGCAUUCUCCUUUAAAAACCAGGGUGGAAUUCCAUCCGGGCCAUUCGCUUUAUCUACCUUCAACUCGCUAAGUUGCUUUUCAACUCCACAGGUUGUGAUGUUUAUUGUUCCAAUAGUCGGAAUAGGGCUUUCACCAGGGUCUGGGAUAUUCUCUGAUUCUUCGUUGUUGAAAACACUGGAGAACUGACUAUUUAGCACUUCGGCCUUAGCUCUCGGUUCGGUAAACACUUCAUUUCCAACUUUGAGGUCUUGGGUAUCUGUACCCUCUUUUCCUAGUUUUUUGAUGUGUACUGUAUAAGCUGUGUGGUUCAGCAAACAAGUGGAGUAAAGGAUUUGUCUUCUCUGGUAACAUAUGAUGACAGUUCUUUAGCUGCAAUAAGGCAUGUUCAAAGUAUCAUACCCGUAGUACGACCACGCCCAAAUAUACGCUCACACAGCGUCUUGUCUCAAGAAAAACAAAACGGAUUGUAUCUGCGACAAAAUAAUUAUGACUGACUAACAGGACAAUUCUUAGCGGUUAAUGUAGAAGUUUAAGCUCCAUUCUUUCCGCGAAUUCGCAUCUGUAGAGCACUUUUCGCGAGAAAACAAUGUAAAAAUAGCUGGGCCCGGCGUUACAAGACAUAGCAGAGAAUCAUCACACUAGCUGACGGACAGAACAACCACAAGGAAUACAAGUAUUUUUUCAGCUAGAUAAACGCAUUUCGGAAAAAAACCUUGAAAAACUAGAAAUUUGAUUAAUAUUGAGUCAUUUAGCCGAAAUAAGAACCUUAACGCUUAAAAAAAAUUGCCCAAAGAAAACGAAUCCUGUCAGAACUACAGACUGCAGGAAGUAGUUAAUCAUUAUGCAUGGAACAGACCAGCUUCAUGGUCUCUUAAUGUGAGACAAGCAGCCAAAAUUAAGAUUAACGUAGUCAGAGUUUAAACCUCUCCACGGUAUAAUCUACCCGCUAGAAAGAAAAAAAAGAAGAACAUCUCUGAGGGAUAAAAACGCUAAAGUCACGUUUCACUAGCUUAUGAUUGUGUUUGGCCUGUCAACACCGAAUUUCCUGUUGUUUGAUGAUGUACAAUAGCACUGUCAUUUCGUCGUUGUGAUUGGCUCUUACCACCGUCGGCGCGCGAAGUCUCCUCUGGGAACCGUUCUAAUUAUAAAUCUACUCGGGAAAGGGUUGACUCCAAGGGNCACACUAGCUGACGGACAGAACAACCACAAGGAAUACAAGUAUUUUUUCAGCUAGAUAAACGCAUUUCGGAAAAAAACCUUGAAAAACUAGAAAUUUGAUUAAUAUUGAGUCAUUUAGCCGAAAUAAGAACCUUAACGCUUAAAAAAAAUUGCCCAAAGAAAACGAAUCCUGUCAGAACUACAGACUGCAGGAAGUAGUUAAUCAUUAUGCAUGGAACAGACCAGCUUCAUGGUCUCUUAAUGUGAGACAAGCAGCCAAAAUUAAGAUUAACGUAGUCAGAGUUUAAACCUCUCCACAGUAUAAUCUACCCGCUAGAAAGAAAAGAAAGAACAUCUCUGAGGGAUAAAAACGCUAAAGUCACGUUUCACUAGCUUAUGAUUGUGUUUGGCCUGUCAACACCGAAUUUCCUGUUGUUUGAUGAUGUACAAUAGCACUGUCAUUUCGUCGUUGUGAUUGGCUCUUACCACCGUCGGCGCGCGAAGUCUCCUCUGGGAACCGUUCUAAUUAUAAAUCUACUCGGGAAAGGGUUGACUCCAAGGGUAUGUAUGGGAGAUGGAGGCUCCAUUUGAUGGGCUCCUGCCACAGGUGGAAUAACGGAUGAGAGUGUUGUGUACCACAGCAGACUUGGGGAGCUGAUCGCAAAUAAGAAGGGAGAAAUUUACUCACGCGCAAUUUCCUGGAUAAGAGCUAAAGUAUCUUUCGCCAUCGUACGCUCUGUGAUGCUAUGCUUGAGAGGCUCAAGAUCCAGAAGACGACAGCUAGACUUUGUUGACUCAGAUCUACAGAUCGAAAAUAUUAUAGCCUACCUGAAUUGAUUGAUUAUUUAUUUUUUUUAAUUUUAUUAUUAUUAUUUUUUAAACAUUUGAAAGAAACUUUUAGAGAAUUUUAGAGGCUGAUAGUUCUUAUUAUUGAAAUGAAAUGUUUUUAAUUCGAAUAAUUUUUCUAAGUUAAAUUAACUCUUUCUAAGUUGAAUUUAGUGCUUCUUAAAUCGACAGGAAUUGUAAAUAGUGUUUUGAAUGAAUAUUUUUUUUUUAAGCGAAAUAUUAUAUAAUUAUUAUUAUUUUUAUUAUUAUUAUUAUUAUUACUUCAUUCAUUCAAAAUAUUUUUCAUUUUCUGACCGUCUUAAACCUCCCGGAUAAUUUUUCAUAACCAGCUGGCGUUGACCAAAUUUUGAAAAAAAUGUUCUAUUAUUCGAUGGUUGGUGUCAGUCGUCAAAUAGUAUGAAAAUUAUUGGACGCAUGGCGUCAAGCCAAGAUAGCGGCGCCUCGACAUUCAGGGAAUAAAAUAAAUUAAAAGAAAUCACUUUAAGGUUCCGGGAUGAAUAAUAUAUAUCGUUUGUUUGAUUUCCCCAAGCAUCCUGGCUAAUUAGGAAUUUUAAUAUAUCGAAAUUGGUCAGUCUAUUGAAAGUUCAUAACGUAGCCCUAUCCAAUCAUUGAGUUCUAUCAAGCUGACAGUAACCAAUUUAGCACUUUUUGAAUAGGUUCUCAUUCAAGAAACGGGAGGACGAAGAAUCAUAGGUGUAGGCGUUGUUGGGAAGGAUUAUGGAAGUCAUGCCCUGCCAGGAUGGUGCAAUGGAACCGUGGGAUAUCACAUUGAUGAUGGACGAAUAUUUGACGCAAAUAAUCCUACAAAAGGAAUAGAGUAUGAAGGCAAGGGAGUACAAUUUUUUUCUCCUCGAUCUAGAUCUAUAGAAUUUAGUAGAGAAGAGAAGUUAAUGAUUUAAAAGCAUCGGACUUACGUAACGUAUAUACGGGAAAUAAAAUUUUUGAAAAAUGUUUUCUUAAACAAGAUAAAGAGUAAUUUUCAAUGUAUGUAGCAGAGACAGCUCCUUUUAAUGUCUUGUCUGCGAUAACAGGACUGAAAAGACGUCGAUCAUUUCCCUGCAAACGAACGCAAGGUUGGGAAAGCCUUAUAUACACAGCCGACGCUAAAUCAUAUGGUGUGCGAGGUUGUUGUAUUUCACAGUGCAUAAAGGGAGCCGCUUUUGACGUUGCCAGCCUUACUAGUGUGCAGAGCGUCGUUACAAGUGAACCUGAUUUGCUACGAGUUUCUUGGUAGCAGGGUGGUUCGAGCGACAAACGAUGUACAGGAUGGUGGGUGUUAAUCUUGAAGUAGAGGAACGCAUAAAAUGACCAUAUUUGCCACCCUUCAUUUGACAACAAUGGUAGAUACUGAGUGCGCAAAGAUUGUCCAACUAAUAAUAGGUUCUAGUGGUUUAAAUUGAAUGUAAGAGCUAACAAUGACUUGCAAUUUGUCAGUGCUAUCAGUUCUUAUGAUAUCUUUGUAGACGCCAUGGCCUACAGAGGGAACUUGAUUGGCUGCACAGUCAGCUUUGAUAUGGCAAAAGACGGAAAAGUUCCAAUCGUGUUUUCUUUAAACGGAAGGCAGAUUACUCGGAAUGAGAUACAAAUUGACUACAUACCAAAUGAGAAAUCUCUGUACCCCUACAUUGGCAUAGGACACGAAGGAAUCAGAGUACUCGCCAUGGUAUAA